GCUCAAGGGGCUCGGGCAGGAGCGGCGGAGAAGAGCCGGGCUGGGGGCUCUGGCGGAGGGGCCGAGAAGAGCCCUCCUCACCUCAGGUGGCUGCUCUGAGGAAGCGAGAGCCAUCCGCUGGUGACUCGCGUUUGCACCUCUCCCUUCUGUCUACAUGCAACAUACGGAGCUUUUCUCCACAAGAGCCAGCUGGUAGGGAGGGGGAGGCAUUGGUUUCACUGCACACGGGGACAUCAUGACUUUCCCUGUCUCCCGAUCUCUUCUGCUGACUGACUAGCAGGCAGUGGUCGGGAGACAAAAGAGGAGCAGGCAACAUUUUCAGGACAGCCUUCACUGUUUAGGCAGAGUAACAGCACUUAGGAGCCUGCAGGACCUGCCGUGGCUUUGGGAGCAUUUGAGCAUUUGUGUCUCAUUCAGGGUUUUGUGUUUUUUUUAAAUUUAUGUAUUUAGUGGCCAAGCCAGGAUUGGCUCUGAAGUGAUCCCUCAGCAGAGGCAGCCUUAGCAGCUUGGACCAUGGCUGCAGGAGUAGCAGCUUGGUUGCCCUUUGCCCGGGCAGCAGCCAUAGGAUGGAUGCCAGUGGCCACAAGUCCCAUGCCAGCUGCUCCCCGGCAGGAGAGAAAGCGAAGCCAGGACUCUCUGAUUGUGCUGAAUGUGAGUGGCAUCCAGUUCCAGACUUGGCUGGAUACCCUGGAGCGCUACCCGGAUACGCUGCUGGGCAGCUCAGAGCGAGACUUCUUCUACCACCCAGAAACGCAGCAGUACUUUUUUGACCGAGAUCCUGAUAUCUUCCGUCACAUACUCAAUUUCUACCGUACAGGGAAGCUUCAUUACCCCCGGCAAGAGUGUAUCUCGGCGUACGAUGAGGAGCUGGCCUUCUUUGGCAUCAUCCCUGAGAUCAUUGGCGAUUGCUGCUAUGAGGAGUACAAGGAUCGUCGGCGUGAGAACGCUGAGCGCCUGCAGGAUGAUGCUGACCAGGAUCACGCAGCGGAGAACUCUCUGCCUUCCAUGACAGCUCGGCAGAGGAUGUGGCGGGCCUUCGAAAACCCACACACCAGUACACUGGCCCUGGUCUUCUACUAUGUCACUGGUUUCUUCAUUGCUGUUUCUGUCAUCGCCAACGUGGUGGAAACAGUGCCCUGUGGCCUAAGUCCUGGUCGUAUCAAGGAGCUGCCCUGUGGAGAGCGCUAUGCUGUAGCUUUCUUCUGCCUGGAUACAGCUUGUGUCAUGAUUUUCACUGUUGAGUAUUUGCUGCGUUUGGUGGCAGCUCCCAGCCGCUACAAGUUUGUGCGCAGUGUCAUGAGUAUUAUUGAUGUAGUUGCCAUCAUGCCGUAUUACAUUGGCCUGGUGAUGACAGAUAAUGAGGAUGUCAGUGGGGCUUUUGUGACACUGCGUGUCUUCCGUGUCUUCCGGAUCUUUAAGUUUUCCCGUCACUCGCAGGGGCUGCGUAUCCUGGGCUACACGCUGAAGAGUUGUGCCUCGGAGUUAGGCUUUCUCCUCUUUUCACUUACCAUGGCCAUUAUCAUCUUUGCCACGGUCAUGUUUUAUGCAGAGAAAGGUUCAUCAGCCAGCAAGUUCACCAGCAUCCCUGCUGCAUUUUGGUACACCAUUGUCACUAUGACAACACUGGGGUAUGGCGAUAUGGUGCCGAAGACAAUAGUUGGGAAGAUCUUUGGUUCAAUAUGUUCUUUGAGUGGGGUCUUAGUCAUUGCUCUGCCUGUUCCUGUUAUUGUCUCCAACUUCAGUCGUAUCUACCACCAGAAUCAACGAGCAGACAAGCGCAAGGCACAGAAGAAAGCCAGGCUUGCCAGAAUUCGUGCAGCAAAGAGUGGGAGUGCUAAUGCUUACAUGCAGAGCAAACGAAAUGGCUUACUGAGUAACCAGCUGCAGCAGUUCUCCAGUGAAGAACAGGCCUUUGUUAGCAAAUCCGGCUCUUGCUUUGAAACACAGCAUCACCACCUGCUCCAUUGUCUGGAAAAAACCACGGGUCUAUCUUAUGUUGUGGAUGAUCCCAGCUUAUCAAUAAGCUGUUCAACAGCCACGAAGAAUCAUGAAUUUGUGGAUGAACAAGCCUAUGAAGAAAGCUGUAUGGAGGUUUCCACAGUCAAUCGACCCUCAAGCCACAGUCCUUCUCUCUCUUCUCAACAAGGGGUUACCAGCACUUGCUGCUCACGCCGACAUAAAAAGACAUUCCGUAUCCCAAACACCAAUGUAACCGGCAGCCGUCAAGGAAGCGUACAAGAACUCAGCACUAUCCAGAUCAGAUGUAUGGAUCGAACACCUCUAUCUAACAGUCGAUCCAGUUUAAAUGCCAAAGUGGAAGAGUGCGUUAAACUAAACUGUGAGCAGCCUUAUGUCACCACAGCAAUAAUCAGCAUCCCAACACCCCCAGUCACCACACCCGAAGGGGAUCAUAGGCCACAAUCUCCCGAAUAUUCAGGAGGAAACAUUGUCAGAGUAUCUGCUUUAUAAAACAAAUAGAAUAGACGCUUGGAGGCUGAGUUCUAGCAGGAAAAAAAAUAGUUCUGGAGAAACAAAGCUGGAAAAGGCAACACGCCCUUGGUAGGGGUUACAGCAACAACAGAGCGAGAGGUUCAGGAGAAACGAAACAAUUUGGGUUUCAGUGCUGUGGCAUGUGAACCAGGCAACCAAAUGGAGUUUUUACAUGUCAUUUGAACUGUUACACAGCAAAAUUUUGACUUAACUAUGAGCACAAUGAAAUGUCCCCCAUUGAUGCUUCUUCUUACCAUAAGAGCUCUUUUUUAAAGAAAAAAUAAAAUUAAAAAAAGGUUGGACAUUAUGUUCCAGCUGAAUGCAAAACAACAAUGAAAAGCAUUUUGAUAACAUGUCUUUUUUCCUGUUAUUAAACCAUAAACUUGUCAAGACUGUUUAAAAAAAAAGAAAAAAGAAAAAAAAAGAAAAAAAAAAAAAAAGAAAAAGCUCAUAUGAAAUAAGUUUGUCCUGAUUGAAAGAAAUACAACCAUAAUGCAUGCUGAAAUUAUUUGGAGCUGUGAUCUCGGUUUACUUAUGUUGUUUUUUCAAAUUAGGCAUGAAAAAUAUUACUGUAGACAGGGGCAUUUCUGUGCACUUGCAACAAGCUGAUUGUUAAUGUUCCAUGGUAGUUGUACAAAUAACUUCCCUUUGAAAACUGCAGUAUUUCUUAUUCAGACACUCAUUAGUGAACUCAAGGUGUUCAGUUAGUUCAGUAUUUAUUCUCGUUUUCUCUGGCUUCCUAGGUACUGUUACAACUGCAAUAAUUCAUUGUACACCUGUUGUAUCAGGAAUCAGGAUUUUUUUUUUCUUUUAGGUAUUUUAUAAGAAUUCAUCUAGACUAUAAACUACACCAAUAGAAAAUAUUUUCUCUAUGGCAACAUUUUAAAUGGUCUUGUAACCAAAACUGUGCACCACAAAUGUACUUUUCAAUCAUGCUUCCUUCUGUCCCCAGUACUCUGUGACAGUACAUUAUCUGUUCAAACAUUACUAUCUUCUUUGGAAUUUCAAGGCUUUUCAUGAAUUGGCGUAGUCUUUUGUUCUGCAAAUGCUUCCUUACUUUUGUAUUUCCUGAACAAUAGUUUUACUAGUGUAGUGUUACAAUGCCAAUCCCAUCUGAAAUUAAACUAAAACAAAGACGGUUUUGUGACAAACUAACACUUAUCUCUAAACCUCUGUUAUUCUGCAGUAUCCAGGGGAUUAGAUAUGCUGAGCAUUGGAAGACAUUUAGUGAAAACUGUUUGUGGAAACUGUUCUUAUAGUCAUUACCUGUAAAUCUGCAUCCUAACAUUUCUUUUUGGCUUUAUAACUUGUAAUGAUAUUUUCUCUCCUGAGACAUACUGAUAAAAACAGAUUUGGGGCCCAAUUCUGCACAACUGUAAUGGAUUUCAGUGGGAAUUUUGAUGCAAGAUAAGGCCCAUUAAUUGAUAGAAUUCACAAGUUGAUAAGGCCCUCAUGCUUCACUUCUUAAGGAAAUCUCAAUUUUCUCGCCACUAAGGUUUCUCCUAAGAGCAGGUUUAUUAGCUGGAAUAAAAGAAUGUCCUUAAGAGGUUUACAUCUUGAAAAUGCUGUCUAUAUAUCAAGCAUCCAACCGUCCUGAAUUGUGGGGCUGUCUCCCAGUGUCACCAAAGAUUUCCUGAGACAGGAUUUUGGUCCCAAAUCUGAAAAAUUGAUUCCAGGUUGGCAAUCACGCCUCUUCAACCCCAAGCAUUUGUGUGGUGACACACAGAAUCCUGUUGUAUCUACCAAGAAGACACAGAACAUACUGCCUGGCACCGUGUGAAGAGAUCUCCACUGAUUUGGUCCGGGAGACAGCUGUGGGCUCUGCCUCAGGAGAUCUAAUUUGCCCACGCACAAUGCCAGGAGAACAUGGCUAUACUACCUAGCUCUGCUAAAAAGGCAGAGCUAAUUAGCUUGAGCACAGUGCCACCUGAACAGGGUUAUACUGCUUCUGAUUCAGGGGUAGUGUCCAGCUAACUUGCCCACCUGCAGCACUGUGCUAAGGCAAAUAGACUAAUCAGAAUCACAAAUAGUGAAUACUUCUGGUUUCAGAGGUCUGUGGAACAUCUGGGAUUGUCCCCUGGAUUUUGCUCCUAGAAGCACCUAGUAGUUCAUGUACAAAAAAAUACUGUGUAAGUAGAAAUUAAUGCACAUCUCCAUACAAAAAAAAUUGGACAUACUAAUCAAAAAACUCGGUGUAUUAGAGAAAGUUAUCAGAAGCAGUUAAGUUGUAGUGAUGUUAUAGUUGUGAUUGUCCAGGAAAUAUGCAGGAGGCAAGGAUUUGAGGGCGAUUUCUUUUAUUGGACCAGCUGAAUAGUUAAAAAAGGCUUCCUUUUGGGUACUACAGUACCCUGCAUCAGGAGACAUGAGGAAUACUGCUACAACAUCCUCACGUCUCCUGAGGAAGGGUACUGUAUUAUCCAGAAACUUGUCUACAUCUAUCCCAAACAUGCAGUUAGUCCAAUAAAAGAUAUCACCUAUCAAAAAUCCUUGCCUCUAGUAAAAAUGAAAUGCUGUUAAUAUAAAUACUGUAUGUUUCAUACACUACAGUACCAGUUACUAUCAUCUCAACAUUUACAUUAAGAAGAAAUAUACUGUGAAAGUAGAACCUCAAUAAUCUAGAUAUUCCUUACUCUGCAGAUUUAGGUAGGGAAGGCCAGCAAGAUGUUGUAAUAGAGCCUGAUAUUUCUACCAAAUAUGCUAGCGUAUGUUUACUAAUAAAUUAUUAUUAUCAUACAUUAAAGCUAAAUUACAGCUGACAAAAUAAAAACAGUACAUUUUGUGAUGCAUUAUUCUUGUUUUCAUAUCAUUUGUUGACUUAUCCAUAACAUGGAUUAAAUGGCAAUGAAUUUCCUAUUCAUUUGUGCAAAUUAGCAAGAUUCCAUUAUUUGAAAAUGGAAUCAGAUCUUGUACAUUUCUUGUAAAGAAUUCAGCAUCUCACUGGUGCUGGAUUCUCCUCUUACAACAGUGAAUGGCUCCAAUAACUAUUGAAGUCAAUUAUUUUGAACAUCUCUUCUGCUCUCUUGUAGAACUGGGGUAAAUCCUUUGAAGCCAACAGAGUUCCUCUAGUUUAACUGUAGUGUAAGACUGAAAUAAGUCUAGCCCAGAGAUUUUACUUGCUUCUUUUUUCUACUCAUAAUUACGUGUUUAAAAGACUGGCUUUGUGCCUAGCCUCUGUUGAGGCAAUUACUGUAUGAAAACUGCCCUGAUAUUAACAAUCUACAACAGCUUCUCCUUUAUGUCACAUGGUGCUUCUUGACAACUUUCAUCAGGAAACUAAUAUAAGGUGGCAGUUACUGAAAACCAUUUGGAACAAGAUCUGCACUGAGUUACAUAUCCUGUUCAAUCUCAUUGGCCUCACUGAGGUUGCACAGGGCUAAAGAAUUUGGCCUCUUGAUUUCAUUGUUCAGAUGACCUAAAGAAAAUGCAAUAUAGCAAUACUUGUAUAAGGAUGACACCCCCGAUUACUUUUAUCCUCAUGGUUAAAAUACGGUUUAAGGAAUAAUUUGUCGAGCUUUUCCAGAAUGCCAGUCUAGUCUCUUAUUUCCAUCUAUCACUUAUGCAAAAUUGUUAAUUUAUUCUGAAUUUGAAAAAUAAACAUUCUUUUGGUGUUUUAGGUGAUUUAAAUACUGUUUUGGUAGUGAAUGACUGUUGAUGACUGUGUAAAUGCAUCUGUACUGUAAAUUAAAUGUAAUUAUUUCUGUGUAUCAUACAAAAAAACCAAGGUUGUUGUUUUGGACAAUUUUGUUUGAAAUUCAUAUAUUGUGUUUCAGAAGGCAGCAUAAUAUAUGUAUUAUGCUGAAUAAAUGGACAUCUGAGGAAUACUUAAAUAAAACAUCUGCAUGCUU